UCGUCAUAAACCGAUGAUGGCUCACAGAGGAGGAGAUUUACUGCUCAUAUCUUUACUCUGGAUUACAUUUUUCGGCUCUACACUCGGGAAUCAUGGGUUUAAACCGAGGGUAAUAGUGAACAACGAAAAUGCAGGGAUUCUCAGAUUUCGUUCAGCAGAUGGAAAUGUGGCUGAUAUCCUGAAGCUGAUCCGUGAUCCUAUCAGUGCAAACAUCUAUGCAGGAACUGUUCAUGGCUUGUACAUGUUAAAUAGUAAAAAUCAUCCAACACUUAAACUGGUAAAUGUGACAAUAAUGCAGCCAGAAUGUCUGGAUUGUAAAAACAUCUCUAUGCUGAAAGAGGGGAGGAAUGGAAAUCCAUUUUUCAUGUGUGAAACUUAUAUAGAAACUACAAUGUGCUGUGAUGUGAACUCGGAGAAUAUUCCUAAUAAUUGCACUGAACUGUGGCAUCCAUCACACAUCAUUGAACCGUCUUUACAUGUCGGUAAUUCACUAUAUUACACAGUCUCGGCUACUAACAGUCCAGUAGUUCCCGUUGGCACCUACAGAUGGGCCAUGAAUAAAUCCACCUUUCAAGUGGCAGUUCAAAACGAGCAGAGAUAUUUUAAAAUCAUAGCCAAUAACGCAAAUGGACCAUUGGAUGGAAAGGUGUACUCCUUCUACAUAGAGAAGAACAAGGCCCAGGGGCCAGAAAAGCCCAUCUGGGUACCCCUUGUUUCUCAGUUCUGUAUGGCGGAUCGUGGUGGCACUAAAUCAAUGCUUCAGAACCGCUGGACAUCCAUGUUGACCGCACGUUUGUUUUGCGGAGACGUGAAGAACCAUCUCUCAUAUACAGAGCUGUUGGACGUUGCUGUUCUGGAAGAUGUGGAAUGGCCGAACACCACAAUCUACACCCUCUUCAAAAACGAGUACAACCUGACAGCACUGUGUGUUUACACCAUGUCCGACAUUCUUCACGUCUUCAAUAGCAACAAAUUCACAUCUAACGCUGACACUUUUACUUCACCGACUCCUGGACAGUGUGUACAUGACAGCCAAACGCUGUUGACAUCCUUUAUGAGAUUCAUGGAAAGUCGUCCUGAAAUGAAGCAGUGGAUUAAACCUACACGGGACCCUCUGAUGUUCAAACACCAUCACUACACACACCUGCAGGUCGACAGAGUGAAGAGCAAUAAUAUGGAAAAUGGACAUCAUGAUGUCCUCCUUAUGAGUCUAGAGUGUGGCAAAGUGCACAAAAUCCUGGAGCAGGAUGGUAAACCUUUCAUCAUCGCAGAGUACAAACCCUUUAAUACCAGGACACACAUCUCCAGCAUGCUGCUCGACAGUGUAAAUAAAAAGCUUUUUGUGAGCUCCAGCACUGAAGUAGUCCAGAUAAAACUGGACAACUGCAGCGUAUACGGGAAAUCCUGUGAAUUGUGUGCACUCGCCCGAGACCCGUACUGCAGCUGGCACAUGCACGAGUGUUCAAAUAUCAGAUUGGGAAUACAAAAUGUAACCCAUGGAAUUGACUCGAAAUGUAAAGAAGUGAUCCAGAGAAGUGAUUUCUUGAGGUUCGACAAUCUUAACAUCAUUCCUCAAGACUCAAAAUUCUACUAUAAAUGCCCCAAGGAUUCCCAGCAUGCCUCAUAUGUUUGGGAACACGAGGACAGGCAAAUUAAGUGUGUCUGCGAUGAGGAGAACUGCUUUUUGCUGAUCGACAGAAUGAGCAAAAAGGACGUAGGAAAGUAUUACUGCAUCGCCUCAGAGAACGACUACAGCAGGACUAUCGUUAGUCUGGAGCUGCAGAUGAACUCUGGCUCGGACACCAGGACAAGUCACGCAGCUUUAGCCUGCUUUCUGCUCCUGAUCUAUGUGAUCUACUAGUGCUGUCUGGAUGUAGUGCCAUGCAGUGUUUUCCAAACCUGAUCUUAUGCUAACACGGUUUCAUUCUCAUUAGUGCAUAUACACUGAUCCGGCACAACAUUAUAACAUUAAGACAGGUGAAGAACAAUGAUGAUCUCUUCACCGUGGCACCUGUUAGUGGGUGGGAUUUAUUUAUUAAGGAGCAAGUGAACAUUUUUGUCCUUAAAGUUGAUUUUAGAAGUAGGAAAAAUGGGCGAGCGUAAGGAUUUAAGCAAGUUUGACAAAUUGUGACGUCUAGACGUCUGGGUCAGAGCAUCUUCAAAACCGAAGCUCUUGUGGGAUGUUCCUGGUCUGCAGUGGUCAGUAUCUAUCAAAAGUGCUCCAAGGAAGGAACAGUGGUGAACCAUUGGUGAACAUGUGAGAGUAAAGGCUGGUCCAUAUGAUACUGCUGAAGACGUUCAUGCUGUUAAUGCUGACUGGGUCAGGACUGUUUUGUCAGCAAAAGUGGACCAACACAAUAUUAGGCAGGUUGUCAUGAUGUUAUGCCUGAUUGGUCACAAUAAAGUUAUGCCUGGUCCGUGGAGUUUUUCACGUGCAGUUAAACCCAAAACCUAAAUAAUAACCUGGGAGCAGAAGGCAUACAAUAACACAAGAGCAUGCCGACACUCUUCCUGUGUUGAGAUCAUCCGUCUUAGAGAAAAAACUUGUGUUGCUUAAUUUGGGUUUGUGCAGACAGGGAGUGGUAAAGCGAUUGCUUCACUGCAUGAGCUUAUAAGCAAAAAUAUGAUUACAAUCUACCGCAAAACUGUGAACUCAUGCAAUUAUUUACGUAUUAUGGUUUCACUGAACAGUGUACUUUAACAUUAAGAUAUUUAUUAAUAUAUAAACUAUAUAAUAAUAUAAACUAUUAGAAAAUAUGAAGAGCCCUCAAUUUGUCAAACAUACUUGACAGCACAGUGCAAUUCUUUACUUCGCAUAUCCCAGAGAUUAUUCAGGAAGCUGGGGUUAGGGGCUUGCUCAAGAGUGGCAGCUUGGCAAUACUACUGCUUAAACCCCCAACCUUCUGAAACUUCAAGAACCCAAAGCUUUAACCUCUGAGCUCCCACAUCCUUAUUCUUAACUACUAACAACAUUUGCACAGUUUCUCUUUCACAAUUGUUUAUUAUUUAUUAAUAAUUGUAUUUGUUAGGGUUUUUUUAAAUGACUUUGAUAGAAAUAUUGUUACAUGAAUUCUCCAUGUGCAGACGGAGAGGUUCUGGAUGGGAACUAUCUUCAUGAAUAUCAGAUUGCAUACACGGAAAUAAUCCAUAAAUGAUAAGUUAUGAGGUGGUAUCAGAAAGUUUUCAAGACUGGCUCUGUAUACAAAAAAAAAACUUUAUGUAUUUACGUUUAUACAUUAACCUCUUCAUAAUAGUCCCCUUGGUUGAACUUGUUGAAGGUCUUCCUGAUCUCUCGUCGUCUUCCAGUGACGUUUUUCCUCUCUUAAACGAUGUCAAAUGUAUGUCAUGUCAAACGUCUCUAUAGCAGAUUUGCCCACUUUCACGCAGAAUUUUUUUUUAUGUUCUAACUUGCUCUUCAGGAUGGAAUUGGAGACGCAUGUGGGCGGCACCAUUAGUCUCGAAAACAUUUUGAUACCACCACUUGAAUCAUCUCACAAAACUCCCAGGAUAGAGUUUGCACAAUUUUAAAGAAUGUAACACUGUCAGGUCAGUACCAGAUUGAAAUUGUGCUUCGCAAUCAGCAUUUCAAACCUCGACUUCAACUCCCAACACGCAAUUCGACGUUUACAAUAAUACUGAUACUGAGUAGUUACACCUGUAUUUCAUUUUAUUUCAUUUCAUUUCAUUUCAUGUUCACUCACAAAAAGUACAAACUGCACCAUCUCUGUCCACUUACUAGAGAGACCAAAGAUCACUCAAAAUCUUCCAAGCUUUAUUUUCCAUUCCAUUGUCUCUUUUUUAUAAUAAAAAAAAAAAAAAAGCAUUCCUUUUUAACAAGCUUGUUCAGUAUGUGCCAGGAUCAGACCACGGUUAACUUUUUCUUAUUGAUCACAGUUAAAGUAUAUGUCAAUUAGGCAGUGUCCUAAUCUAGCUUGCUUUCUAGCUCAGAAAUGAAAAUGCAUAUAUGCGUCAUUACCCACAAGAUAUUUAAAUGGAAAUAGAGUAGGAGUAUAGAUACUGGUUUUAGUCUGGAUUUUUUUACGCUGUUGGGUUGUGUGCGAAACAGAAAGCCACCACUUUCCGAUAUCUUGUAAAGACAAAGUCAUUCUGAUUGACCUUGGUUUUUCAGUACUUGAACUGAUUUUCUGGGAAACAGAAUCAGGAAGAGAAAUUGCAGGGGUGGAGAAGUGAAGCAACUUGAGAUUAAUCGAAGGAACUGAACAAGCAAAUUGUGUGAUGCCCACAACGUCAUUGUUGGGAUAUGGCCACGUUUAACUCUGUGCAGCUUCCACUCUUCUUUUACCGAGAAGUUAACUCAGUGGUUAAGACAUUGGACUUUGGAUCUGAACCGUCAUAAGUUCAAAUCCCAGCGCCACUAACCUGCUAAUGCUGGAAUGUUCCUGUUCAUGUCUGAUAAUAAAUUCUAGCUGUUUACUUUGUUCUAUUGGUAUAAAAGAUUUGCUAAUCAAUGCAUUCUGUUUUUAUUUGCGUUCUACACAGUGUCCCAAAUUAUUUUGAAAAAGGAUGAGAAAGAACACACAAGUUUUAUUUGUGUCCACUUUAGACCCAAUCAAUAAUAAUUAAAUUGUGGCUAAAAAAGGGCUCAAUCAACAGCAAGAAGCCGACUAAUGCUAUUAUUAGCGUAUACUAGCGCAAUUGGAUUGAGAAGAUGUAAGACUGUGUUUGCAACUACAGUCCACCAUAUGGGUCUUAUGAUUGUCCAGAGAUCCUUUGUUCAAAUCAGGUGUCAUCCUUUGUAUUUUUUUGUUAGCUUAGUCUAGUUUGUUUUGCUGUUUGUCACGUUACUGUAUUUAAAAUACAGCCUAAAGUAAUCUCUUUUUCUUCUUCAGCACUGUCCAUGUCUUCUAUGUCUUGUCUUUUCUGUUGUGUUGAGUCAUGUUCUGUUUGUCAGUCGGUUUUGCACUCGAUCAUUAAAAGCCAUAACCACG